ACUUAGAACAUUCUAGACAUGGCUGACACCGGUGGCAUUGGUUUAACCAAGAAGAAGGAUGAGAAUUUCGGAGAGUGGUAUUCGGAGGUUGUUGUUCACGGUGAGAUGAUUGAGUACUACAACAUCUCAGGAUGUUAUAUUUUGAGGCCAUGGACAAUGGCAAUAUGGGAGACCAUGCAAGCAUUCUUCAAUGCAGAAAUAAAAAAAAUGAAGAUUAAAAAUUGCUACUUUCCUUUGUUAGUCUCCCCUGCUGUUCUGGAAAAAGAGAAGGAUCAUAUAGCGGAGUCAGAGGUUGCUUGGGUCACGAAGUAUGGAAAAUCUGAUUUGAAAGUGCCUAUUGCAGUCCGUCCAACGAGUGAGACUGUUAUGUAUCCUUAUUACUCAGAGUGGAUUAGGGGACACCGUGACUUACCAUUGAAGUUAAAUCAGUGGUGCAAUGUAGUUCGAUGGGAGUCUAGCAAUCCCACUCCAUUUAUCAGGAGUCGGGAGUUUCUUUGGCAAGAAGGCCACACAGCUUUUGCAACAAAGGAAGAGGCAGAUAAAGAGGUCCUUGAGAUAUUGGAACUGUACAGAAGGAUAUAUGAAGAAUAUUUGGCAAUUCCAGUUGUGAAGGGAAGAAAGAGUGAGAAUGAGAAAUUUGCUGGUGGUCUUUACACCACAAGUGUGGAGGCUUUUGUUCCAAAUACUGGCCGCAGCGUACAAGGAGCCACUUCACAUUGUCUGGGUCAAAACUUUGCUAAAAUGUUCGACAUUACUUAUGAGAAUGAAAAGGGAGAAAAAGCAAUGAUUUGGCAAAACUCUUGGGCUUAUAGUACUCGAACGAUUGGAGUGAUGGUAAUGGUGCAUGGAGAUGACAAAGGCUUGGUAUUGCCACCAAAGGUAGCAUCUAUCCAGGUCAUUGUGAUUCCAGUGCCUUUCAAGGACGCUGAUACACAAGCCAUAUUUGAUGCCUGCUCGAAAACUGUGGAGGAGUUGAGUGAAGCUGGAUUUCGUGUUGAGGCUGAUUUGAGGGACAACUACUCGCCUGAAUGGAAGCAUUCACACUGGGAAUUGAAAGGUGUUCCUCUAAGGAUUGAAAUUGGACUGAAGGAUUUGGAGAAGAAACAAGUAGUCUGUGUUCGGCGUGACAACUCUGCGAAAGUGGACAUUCCUAUAGUCGACUUGGUCAAGGAAGUGAAAGACAUGCUUGAUAAAAUUCAACAAAAUCUCUUUGAUGUUGCAAAACAAAAACGAGAUGCUUCUGUCCAGGUUGCCGGAACAUGGGAUGAAUUCACGGUAGCCUUGAGCAACAAGAAAUUGAUCCUGGCUCCUUGGUGUGAUGAACAGGAAGUAGAAGAGGAUGUCAAAGCGAGAACAAAGGGUGAAAUUGGAGCAGCAAUGUCACUCUGCUCUCCCUUUGACCAACCCCAACUCCCUGAAGGGACGCUUUGCUUUGCAUCCGGAAAGCCAGCAAAAAAGUGGACCUACUGGGGGAGGAGCUACUAA